UCCUGCCACCACACUCCUGGAGGGGUCCUGUGAGAGCCGGCGAUUCCUGGGUACUGGCAUGUUUUUAAACAACUCUCUCGGUUUAGAUCUUCUUGACAAGCCGCAGCCAGGAAGUGCUUUUUAUUUAGAGCCAACAGAAGACAGAUCAACUUCAAUCCUUGGAUUAAAUGAAUGAGAAAAAAUGAGUCCAACUUCUCUAUGCUAAGUUUCUAUUUGGUGCUGCCAUAAGAUUUUUUGGCUAUCACGUUUCUCUCUGCUCUUGAACCUCAGGGCAGCCCGACUUCAGUAGGACGUGUUCAUCUGCAAAAAGGAGUUGCUCUCUUUCCUCGUAGCCGCUUAACCUUGUCUCCCCAAGUGUCAAGGAAAAGACCGCCACAUGGAAUGGGAUCAGGGAGCCCCCAACCAGACGCAGGCCACCACUGUCGUGGGGCACCUGCUGAGGGACCACAUGGAGGAGAGGAACAGCACCAACUUCACCAGGGCCCUGAAGCUUCCAGAUGGGACCAGUGCCGCCUGGUACAUCCUCACCAUCUUUGGCAUCUACGGAGUGAUCUUCCUCUUCCAGUUGGCCAGCAACAUCCUCAGAAAGAAUGAUAAGUCCUUGGAAGAUAUUUAUUACUCAAAUCUGACGUCUGAACUCAAAAAGAAAGGGCUCCAGAGCAAGGUAGCCAAAUGCUCUUCACUGACCAUUAGCAACAGAGCUGUCCUGCAGCCCAGCAAGGCCAGUCUGGGACCAACAUGUGGAAACAACGAGUCCCAUGCCGAAAUCCAAGGGAUCCCUUGAAAGUCAAGGCAAGAAGGUCUCUCUAACAGAGGCCCAACCUUCUUGCUAGGGGAGAAGCUUUGGGUUUACCUGGAACCUUGUGAGAGGAGUCGAGCCUUUGAGUGGGGCUGGAAGAGCAUCACUGAGCCAUGGGCACUUCUGGUAGAAGGAGGUAUGACCAAAAGCCAGCAUCCUGCUUCCUUUUCAGGUUCUCUGGUGCUUUGAGAUGAGAGAGCAAGGGCAGUGGCUUCCAGCCAUACUCACCCUUUACUAGAAAACUUGUGCUUCAGGAAAAGGUGUGGGACAUCCAAUAUUUCAGAGAAAUCUGGGAGACUCUUGAGGUGUAUUUGAAGUGGCCUCUUGUCAUGGAAAGAAGACUGAAUUUGGAGUCAAAUGCCUUGGAUGAAAAUUCAACUUCUAGAUGCUCACAUGGACUUUGAGUGGCAAGUGACCUGGGAAACAUGAGAGUUGGGAAAUAUGGCUCCAGAAUGAACAGAAGGUCAUUCCUUCUAAAGACUCUGACUGGAAUGUAGAACCACAGUUGUCAAUAUCAACUUCAUUUUCCGAAGUUCUUUAUUUUCAUUGAGAGGGUGGAGUCCAUUGAAAACAAGCAUUAAUUUUAGGGUCAGAAGAACCAAACUCUUGUGGGGGAUUGACUAUUAACCACUUGGGUACCCUUAUUUAUACCACUUUACCUCUCCUGACCUUAGUUUCCUUACAGAUAAAAUGAGGAUAAUGAUGCCAGUUUUCUGCCAGUCUUACAAUAGAUAAGAACUCCUGAAAUCAUGUAUAUAAAUAUAUUUUGAAAAGUAAAAUAAAUAUGAAAAUAUAAGCCUUUUUGUGGUAGUGGUGAUGGUAGUUGGUGGUGGUGUUGGUAAUGGUUGAUGUCGGUAGCAGUGGUAUUGGUGGUGAUUGAUGGCAGUGGUUGAUGGUUGGUAUUGAGGAUGGUGGUGCUGGUAAUUGAUGGUUGAUGUUGAUGAUGGUUCUUGUUGAUGGCAUUGGCAUUGGUGGAUGGUUCAUGUUGAUGAUGUUGGUGUUUUGGGUGGCCGAUAUUGAUGGUAGUGGUGGUGGUUUAUGUUGGUGGUAGUGUUAAUGGUUGAUGUUAAUGGUGGUGGUGUUGUGGUUAAU